CUAAAAACACCCUCUUCUUGUUAGUACUAGACCUCAUCCUGGCAAAAAACCCUCUUCAUCUUUGCAUUACUUGCAAUUUUUUUUUCUCUCUCUACCCAUUUCUAGAUCUCUUCUCUUCAUUUCUCCAUUUUCUAUGUUUCUUAUUAGCUUUGUUUAGGGUUACAAAAACCUCUUUCUUACCAUUAUUUUUCUUUUUCACAAAUUUGGUUACUUGUCUAAGAAAAAAAAGGAAAUAUUUUACUAAAAUAUUAUAGACAAGAAGUAGGUUGUUAGAUUGAAGCAAUUUUCUUACAAAAAUAAUAAUAAAAAAGAGUGUUUUUUUAGGGAAAUAAUAGUUAUUAAAAACAAAAGAAGUAAAAAAGUUAAGAUUUUUAAUUAUGGGUAGAGGAAGAGUUGAACUAAAGAGGAUAGAGAACAAAAUAAACAGACAAGUUACUUUUGCAAAGAGAAGAAAUGGAUUGUUGAAGAAAGCUUAUGAACUUUCUGUUCUUUGUGAUGCUGAAGUUGCUCUCAUCAUCUUCUCUAAUCGUGGCAAACUCUAUGAAUUUUGCAGUGGACCCAGUAUGCUCAAGACGCUUGAGCGAUAUCAAAAGUGCAGCUAUGGAGGGGUGGAAGUCAACAAGCCAUCUAAAGAGCUUGAGAGUAGCUACAGGGAAUAUUUGAAACUGAAAGCUAGACAUGAAUCACUUCAAAGAACUCAAAGGAAUUUACUUGGAGAGGAUUUGGGGCCUCUAAAUGUGAAGGAGCUUGAUCAGCUUGAGAGGCAACUGGAGUCCUCUCUGAAGCAAAUCAGGUCUACUAAGACUCAAUCGAUGCUUGAUCAACUUACCGAUCUUCAAAACAAGGAGCAUGCACUAAUGGAAGCUAAUAAAACUUUGAAGACUGAGCUUGAUCGAAUAAUGGUUAAGGAUACUCAACAAUUUCGACAGACUUGGGAUGGUAGUGAGCAAAAUGUUCAUUAUGGACAGCAACAUGCUCAAUCUCAGGGGCUUUUCCAGCCCCUUGAUUGCAACCCUACUUUACAAAUAGGGUACAAUCCAGAAUCUUCUGAGCAGAUGACAGUUGCAACAAGUCAUACUCAAGUCCCUGGUUUCUUACCAGGGUGGAUGCAGGGUGGAUGCUUUAGUUAAAGCAUUGGAGAUGGGGAUAACUUUUUGCCCUAUGAAAACUUGAAGAAUUAAAUAACUGCUAUUUUUUGUUUGUCUUUUUGAGUGAAAAUGUAAAUUCCAUCAGCUAGUGUGUGUAACUCUUAAUAAUUCUCUUAAGAGAGCAGAAGACUGAUUAAAUGUUUCUUAGAUGUUUAACUUUUAUUUGUAAUGGUAUUUUUGUUUCAAGGAUGAUUUAAG